CUGAAAGUGAAAAGCUUGACCUUCGUUGAACCCUCAUCAUGGCCAUGGCCGUUCCUCUAAGUCCUCAACCUCAAUCUCCAGAAGGCUUUUACGCAAUCAACAACCAGUUUCUAACAGAUGGGCCAAAAGGGUUCUCUGAGUUCACGAUGCUGGAGAACGCAGACUUGUUCGUGAGGAUGGAUUUGCCUGGCGUUCCUGAAGAAGGCGUGAGUGUUUCUCUUGAGCGGUCGAAGAAAGCUGUGGUUGUUUACGCCGAAGCACCAAAGGUUCACCAACACGACUCCACAGACCGUCAAUACGUUACUAUGACUGGACUUGUCUGCAGAUGCUGUGAGAUCUCAAGCGUCACCACUCACAUGUCCGAUGGUGUUCUUAGACUUGUCCUCUCCAAGACUCCCAUCUCUCCACAACGCCCUUCUUGCAUCUGGUCAUCUUCUGAUAUGAAAUGUUGAUGUUUUUGAUUUUGACAGCAUUUCUUCGUGGCCGAGGUCUCCCAAAAGCUCCAAAACGGCAAACUGUACGUGCGCGUAGACAUGCCGGGAGUUCCAAAAGAGAACUUCACUGUUUCUGUCACGAAUGGGCGAGUGAAGGUGACUGGUGAAGCUCCUGCUGUUGGCGACGACUCAGAUGGGCGUUUCUACUCUGGUGACGUGGCUAUGCUCUCUGCUCCUGUUGACAUUCCCAGCCGUCGGAUCAAAACCAUCGCAAAGAACGGUGUGAUUCGCCUCCUCAUCCCUCCAGUUUGAUCAUUUCGUGAUGGAUCUUUGAGUUUGUGGAUUUGUCUUUUCUAGAGUGGACCCUUUUUCUGGGAUUGUGUCGUUUGUUUUGUGGAUCAUUUCCUUUUUAUGUUUUAUCAGUACUUUGGAUGAUGUCUCAACGACAAAACAUAUUUUGGUAUGUUUCA